CGCCCGGCGCUUCCUCGGAGGAGCCGGACCCGGAGAGAGCGCGCCGGACCCCGACGGCGCUGCCCGCACCCCGCCCAGCCUGCCGGCCCCUGGCGGCCCGGCCCGCCGCAGCCCCGCUGCUCCCGCUGCGCCCCAGUGUGUCCCGCUCUGCGCUGCGCCCCGCGUCCCCCCGCCGUUCCCCGGCGAUGCCGCGCGGCGCCGCCUGGGCGCUGGUUCUGGCCGCCGCCCUGGGGCUCGGGGCGCGCGCGGGGCGCUGCGCGGUGGCCCUCGCCGACUUCUACCCGUUCGGCGCGGAGCGCGGAGACGCCGUGACCCCCAAGCAGGACGACGGCGGCUCCGGGCUGCGGCCGCUCUCCGUGCCCUUCCCGUUCUUCGGCGCAGAGCACUCCGGACUCUACGUGAACAAUAAUGGGAUUGUAUCCUUCCUGAAGGAGGUUUCUCAGUUCACCCCAGUGGCCUUCCCCAUCGCCAAGGACCGCUGUGUGGUGGCAGCCUUCUGGGCAGACGUGGACAAUCGGCGGGCAGGUGACGUGUACUACCGAGAGGCCACUGACCCAGCCACGCUGCACAGAGCCACGGAGGACGUCAGGCGCUACUUCCCUGAGCUCCCAGACUUCUCCGCCACCUGGGUUUUCAUAGCCACCUGGUACCGCGUGACUUUCUUUGGAGGCAGCUCGUCUUCCCCUGUCAACACGUUCCAGACCGUGCUUAUCACUGACGGCAAAUUCUCCUUCACCCUCUUCAACUAUGAGACCGUCACGUGGACCACAGGCACACAUGCCAGCAGCGGGGGCAAUGCCACUGGCCUGGGGGGCAUCGCAGCCCAGGCCGGCUUCAACGCGGGGGACGGGCGGCGCUACUUCAGCAUCCCGGGCUCGCGCACGGCGGACAUGGCGGAGGUGGAGGCCACCACCAACGUGGGUGUGCCCGGGCGCUGGGCGUUCAGAAUCGAUGAUGCCCAGGUGCGCGUGGGGGGCUGCAGCCAUACAACCUCCGUGUGCCUGGCCCUGCGUCCCUGCCUCAACGGGGGCAAGUGCAUCGAUGACUGUGUCACGGGAAACCCCUCCUACUCCUGCUCCUGCCUCUCGGGCUUCACAGGGAGGAGGUGCCACCUGGACGUGAACGAGUGUGCUUCCCACCCGUGUCAGAACGGCGGGACCUGCGCACACGGCGUCAACAGCUUCAGCUGCCAGUGCCCGGCUGGCUUUGGGGGACCCACCUGUGAGGCAGUACAGUCGCCAUGUGCUACCAAGGGGUGUGAGCACGGCGGCCAGUGCCAGGAGGAGGACGGCUCUGCGGUGUGCGUGUGCCCAGCUGGCUACACGGGCAAGGCCUGCGAGACAGAGGUGGACGAAUGCGGCUCUGGCCCGUGCCUGAACGGGGGAACGUGUGUGGACCUGGUGGGGAACUUCACCUGCCUGUGCACAGAGCCCUUCGAGGGACCCCGCUGUGAGACAGGAAGCCACCCAGUGCCUGACGCUUGCCUCUCAGCCCCUUGCCAGAAUGGGGGCACCUGUGUGGAUGCAGAUCAGGGCUACGUGUGCGAAUGCCCCCAAGGCUUCAUGGGCCUGGACUGCAGGGACAGAACCCCCAGUGACUGUGAGUGCCACAACGGUGGCAGAUGCCUGAGAGCCAACGCCACCCUCUGCCAGUGCCCCCCAGGCUUCUUUGGGCUCCUCUGUGAAUUUGAGGUCACAGCCACGCCCUGCAGCAUGAACACCCAGUGCCCCGAUGGGGGCUACUGCAUGGAGUAUGGCGGGAGCUACCUCUGCGUCUGCCACACAGGCCACAAUGUCAGCCACUCACUGCCAUCACCCUGCGACUCCGACCCCUGCUUCAAUGGAGGCUCCUGCGAUGCCCACGACGACUCAUACACGUGUGCAUGCCCACGCGGGUUCCACGGCAGGCAUUGCGAGAAAGCCCAGCCGCGCCUGUGCAGCUCGGGGCCCUGCAGGAACGGGGGCACGUGCAAGGAGGCGAGCGGCGAGUACCGCUGCAGCUGCCCCUACCGCUUCACCGGGCGGCACUGCGAGAUCGGAAAGCCAGACUCGUGCGCCUCUGGCCCCUGUCACAAUGGUGGCACGUGCUUCCACUACAUCGGCAAAUACAAGUGUGACUGUCCCCCAGGCUUCUCUGGGCGGCACUGCGAGAUAGCCCCCUCCCCCUGCUCCCAGAGCCCCUGCGUGAAUGGGGGUACCUGCGAGGACCUGGGCACAGAUUUCUCCUGCCGCUGCCAAGCAGGGUACACAGGACACCGGUGCCAGGCAGAGGUGGACUGCGGCCCCCCGGAGGAGGUGGAGCACGCCACGCUGCACUCCAACGGCACUCGCCUGGGCUCGGUGGCUCUGUACGUGUGUGACCGAGGCUACAGCCUGAGCACCCCCAAGCACAUCCGGGUUUGCCAGCCACAGGGUGUCUGGAGCGAGCUUCCCCGAUGCCACGAAGUCGAUGAGUGCCGGUCCCAGCCAUGCCUGCACGGGGGCUCCUGCCAGGACCGUGUCGCCGGGUACCUGUGUGUCUGCCGCGCAGGGCACGAGGGAGCCCAGUGUGAGCUGGAGACAGACGAGUGCCGAGGGCAGCCCUGCAGGAACGGAGGCUCCUGCAGGCCCCUCCCGGGGGCCUUUGUCUGCCAGUGUCCGGCGGGCUUUGCUGGGGAGCACUGCGAGACAGAGGUGGACGCCUGCGACUCCAGCCCCUGCCAGCACGGAGGCCGGUGUGAGAAUGGCGGCGGGGCCUACCUGUGCGUCUGCCCAGAGGGCUUCUUCGGCUACCACUGUGAGACAGUGAGUGACCCCUGCUUCUCCAGUCCCUGUGGGGGCCGUGGCUACUGCCUGGCCAUCAACGGGUCCCACAGCUGCACCUGCAAAGUGGGCUACACGGGCAAGGACUGCGCCAAAGAGCUCUUCCCACCAACGGCCCUCAAGGUGGAGCGAGUGGAGGAGAGCGGGGUCUCCAUCUCCUGGCGCCCGCCCGAGGGCCAGGCCAGCAGGCAGGUGCUGGACGGCUACGCGGUCACCUACGCGUCCCCCGACGGCUCCUACCGCCGCACCGACUUCGUGGAGAGGGGCCGCUCCUCGCACCGGCUCCGGGCGCUGGCGGCCGGCAGGCCCUACACCAUCUCCGUCUUCUCGGUCCGGCGCAACGCGGGCAACAAGAACGACAUCAGCAGGCCGGCCGUGCUGCUCGCGCGCACACGACCCCGCCCUGUCGAGGGCCUUGAGGUCGCCGAUGUGACGGCCAGCACCAUCUCCGUGCGGUGGGCUCUGCACAGGAUCCGUCAUGCCACUGUCAGUGGCAUCCGCAUGCUGCUCCAGGGCCCCGAGGCCCAAGAGGACCAGUCUACUGAUGUGGACAAGGCCGUGGACAAGUUCACGUUCGGGGCUCUGCUGCCAGGAAGGAGAUACACCAUCCAGGUGACUGCCCUCAGUGGGCUCGGAGGACAGGAGCACCCCACCGAGAGCCUGGCCUCAGCACCACUGCACGUGUGGACUCGGCCCCUGCCUCCUGCAAACCUGACUGCUGCCCGGGUCACAGCCACCUCUGCCCAUGUAGUCUGGGAUGCCCCCGCUCUGGGCACCUUGCUGGAGGCCUACGUCAUCAAUGUGACCACCAGCCAGACCACCAAGAGCCGCUACGUCCCCAAUGGGAAGCUGAGCUCCUACACGGUGCGGGACCUGAUGCCUGGGCGGCGGUACCAGCUCUCCGUGACGGCCGUGCAGAGCGCCGAGGGUGAGCAGCUGCACAGUGAGCCUGCCCACGUCUACAUCAUCACCUCCUCAAGGGACGGCGCUGACAGACGCUGGCACCGGGAAGGACUCCACCCUCGGGUGCUCAGAAACAGACUGACCCCUGCACGCCUGCCAGAGCUGCGCCUGCUCAGCAGCCGAGACCCCCCCGACACGCCGACCCCAGCCCCCAGGUUCUCAGAGCUUGUGGAUGGCAGAGGGCGGGUGAGCACCAAGGUCCACAGCUUGCCCGGUGUCACCGUGAGACCACAACCCACGGCUCCCAUGCAGCUCGCGAACGUGGAGCCGGCCCCCGAGCAGGCCAGCCAGGCCCUCCAGCUCCCCGAGCACGGCCGCAACGAGCACAUGGAAAGAUGAUCUGCUCCUUCUCUCAGGAAGCUGUUAGACUUUUAUUCCUCAAGGAAAAUAGGAUCCCCAGAGAGCCCUAGAAACCUCAAGAGCAGAGUUUGAUUGGCGUUUCCUCACCAAGCAAUUCUCCAGGUCAGGGCUGCACUUUCGAGUCCCCAGGAGCAGCUCAUGAUCAAACCUGCCAUCACAGGGGUUGGGAGUGAAUGCUGAGGCUAGUCAGAUUCUUCCUGUUUUUCCAGCUUCUCACCCCAGCGGGGCUUUGGGACUAUCCUGGUUUUAUCCCCUGGACACCUACACAGGUGGUCUGGGUGGCUGCCACCCAGAAAGAGGCAGGCAGUUACCAUCCUCAGACAACAGCAGGCAAGGACAGAAUUUAAAACUGUCCUCAUUAAUGUGUCCUCACAGAGGGGCAGCCCACUGCCCCCACCCCAGCAUGCAGUGACAUCCCAUCCCCCAUGCCUUCUCUGUUUUCAUUUAAUGUGUGUGUGUGUGUGAUGAUAAAUUUGGCAUGUAGUGGAGACAACUUCAUAGAAAGAGGCUACAGUAGGCGCUGGUUUGGUAAAAACCCCCAGUGCUACAUGAGUUGCAGGGUUAGAGCCUUAAACACCCAGGAAUGGUAUGAAUUUCACUAAUAGUCUCUGCAGCCUGGUGUCCCAAUUACAGAGGGUUGAGAUUGCUGACAGGGUUUCACAGUUUCUGAAUACCCCUGCAUGCUGCCGUGUUCUGUGAGGUUGCCAUAAAAUGUCUCUGGACAAUUGUUGUGCACAGUGUCUAAAAUUCACACAGAAGGGACCCAGACAGCAAAAACAUUCCUAAAAAAGUAAGACACACACACCACUCCAUUGUGAAAACUUAUGGCAAAGCAAUGGUAAUAAAGUCAGUGUGACACUGGCACCAGGACAGACUCAUUAAUCAAUGGGAUAGAAUCGAGAGUUGAGAAAUAAGCCCUUAUGUCUGUGGUCAACUGAUUCUGAUAAGGGGGCCCAGACUGUUCACGGGGGGAAGAGCCUUUAACAAGUGGUGCUGGGACAACACCACAGGCAGAAGAAUGAAGUGGGACCGCUACCUCACACCAUACACAAAAUUAACUCAGUGUGGGUCAGAGAGUUAACAGAAGAGUGAAAACUAUAAAACUCUUAGAAGAAAACACAUGGUAAAUAUUCAUGAUAUUUGAUUUAGCAAAGGAUUUUUAGGUUUUAGAUUAACCAAAAGCAAGAGAAUCAAAAGAAAAAAGAUAAAUUGGACUUUCUCAAAAUUUAAAAAACCUUUUUGUGCUUCAAAGGACACCAUCAAGGAAGUGAAAAAACAAUCCACAGAAUGAGAAAAAAUAUUUGCAAAUCAUCUAUCUGAAAAGGGAUUUGUAUCUGAAAUAUAUAAAGAACACUUACAACUGAAUAAGAACAAAAAUAAUCCAAUCAAGAAAUGGGCAAAUGAUCUGAAUAGACAUUUCUCCAAGGAAGAUACACAAAUAGCCAACAAGCCCAUGAAAAGAUGUUUGACAUCAUUAGUCAUCAAAGAAAUGCUAAUAAAAGCCACAAUGAGAUGCCACUUCCCACUAGGAUGCAUCAAAUAACAACAAGCAUCGUAAGGAUGUGGAGAAAUUGGAAUCUUCAAACACUGCUGGUGGGAAUAGAGCGGUACGACCACUUGGGGAAAAAAUGCCUGGCAGUUCCUCAAAGAAUUGAACUUAGAGUUACCAUAUGACCAGCAAUUCCACCCCUAGGGAUGAACCCAAGAGAAAUGAGAACAUGACCACGCCAGGACUUGUGCAGAGCGUCCAGAGCAGCACUAGUCAUAACAGCCCAAAGUCAGAAACAACCCAAAUGUCCAUCAACUGAUGAAUUUAUAACAAAGUGUGGUCUAUUCAUACAAUGGAACAUUUGACCAUAAAAAGGAAUAAAGUGCUGACACAGGCUACGACAUAGAUGGGCCUUGAAGAUACUGCACUAAGUGAAAAGCCAAUCACAAAAGACCACGUAUGAUAUAAUUCCAUUCAUAUGAAAGUCCCAAAUAGGGAAAUCUGUAGUGACAGAAAGUAGAUAAAGUGGUUGCUUAGGACUGGGGGUGGGGGUAAAGGUAUGGGGUGGUGACAGCUAAAAGGAAUGGGUUUCUUUUUGAGAUGACAAAAAUGCUCUAAAUUGACUGUGGCAAAUGUACCUAUGUGUGAACAUGCUAAAAAUCAGUGAACCAUACACUUUGAAUGGGUGAAUUGUAUGGUACAUAAAUUAUACCUGAAUAAAGCUGCUUUUAAAAUGUAA